CUGGCCUCUCAUGUUCUACGCUCUGUCCUUCCAUUCGGCAGGUUUGGAAAGUCAACCGAAGUUUGCAGCAGAGUGAAGUGGCUGAGCUGGUACAGAAGUGGACAGAGCAGAGUUGGCACAUGAAUGAAUGACUUAGUGACCAUCUGACGGGAUUAGCAGCUCUAUAUAAAGGGACUGUCGGACCGAGAGCGGAGUACCAGAAAGCGAGAAGCAAGCUCAUCAGCAAAAGAAAGGACACUUUGAGACCUCAACAAAAGUAAAUCAUCGAAAUGGCAGACACAGCCGUCGCAGCUCCCGCCGACAAGAAGGCACCACCCAAGUUCAAGCAGAGGACUGCACGUACCUUCAAGAGCAAAGCCCCUAAGCCAGGCCAGAAGGGAUUCGGAGACGACAUCCCUGGCAUGGAGGGCCUUGGCACAGACAUCACAGUGGUUUGCCCAUGGGAAGCCUUUGGUGACAUGGAGCUCAGCGACCUGGCAAAAUACGGAAUCGUCUAGAAAAACCCCACCUGGUCUUCUCCACAAUGGUUUCCUCCCUGUGCUGUUUUCCUUCGCCCAGUCUUCCUCUCUCACCCUGUUCCAACUCUUGCCUGCUGAAGAUGUUUUAUCAGUACGCUCUCAAAGGAGGCAGCUUCUGAAAAUUAAGAGGUUUGACCUGGAAAAAAAAAAUAAAAUCCAGCACACUCUCUUG